CCACCUUCGUCAUCUCACUCCUCCGCAUCCGAGCAGAGAGCGGAAGAGCAGAGCACCACACGCUCGCCAUGGACACGUGGCGCAUCUUCCUCGGCUCGGCCCUCCUCGCGAUACCGCUGAUCCUUCUCCUCCGCGGCCGCAAGGGCGGCCGGCUCCGCGUCCCGCCGGGCCCGCCGUCCCUGCCGGUGCUGGGCAGCGUGGUGUGGCUGACCAACUCGCCCGCCGACGUGGAGCCCCUGCUCCGGCGCCUCUUCUCGCGGUACGGCCCCAUCGUGUCCCUGCGCGUGGGGUCCCGCCUCUCCAUCUUCGUCGCCGACCGCCGCCUCGCCCACGCGGCGCUCGUCGAGCGCGGCGCCACGCUCGCGGACCGCCCCGCCCUCCCUUCGCUCAAGCUGCUGGGCGAGAACAACAACACCAUCACGCGCGCGAGCUACGGGCCCGUCUGGCGCCUCCUCCGCCGCAACCUCGUCUCCGAGACGCUGCACCCGUCGCGGGUCCGCCUCUUCGCGCCCGCGCGCUCCUGGGUGCGCCGCGUGCUGGCCGAGAAGCUCCGGGAUGAGUCGUCAUCCGGCGGCGCGGCCGUCGUGGAGACGUUCCAGUACGCCAUGUUCUGCCUCCUCGUGCUCAUGUGCUUCGGUGAGCGGCUCGACGAGGCCACGGUCCGCGCGAUCGCCGCCGCCCAGCGCGAGCCCCUCAUCUACAGGUCGAGGAAGAUGGCCGUCUUCUCCUUCCUGCCUUCGGUGACCAAGCACCUCUACCGCGACCGCCUCCAGACCGUGCACGCCAUGCAGCGGCGGAAGAAGGACCUGUUCGUGCCGUUGAUCAACGCUCGGCGGGAGUACAGGAAACUCGGCGGCGAGCCCAAGAAAGAGAGCACAUUCGAGCACUCCUACGUCGACGCCCUGCUCGACAUAAAGCUCCCCGAGGAGGGAAACCGCCCGCUCACCGACAACGAGAUGAUCAAUCUCUGUUCAGAGUUCCUCGACGCCGGGACCGACACCACCUCCACCGGCUUGCAGUGGAUCAUGGCCGAGCUGGUGAAGAACCCGGCCAUCCAGGAGAAGCUCUACAAGGAAAUCAGCGCCACGAAGGGGGACGACAAGGAAGAGGUCUCCGAGGAGGACGUCCACAAGAUGCCGUACCUAAAGGCGGUGGUCCUCGAAGGCCUCCGGAAGCACCCACCGGCGCACUUCGUGCUGCCGCACAAGGCGGCGGAGGACAUGGAGGUCGGCGGGUACCUGAUUCCCAAGGGCGCGACGGUGAACUUCAUGGUGGCCGAGAUGAGCAGGGACGAGCGGGAGUGGGAGAAGCCAACGGAGUUCGUGCCGGAGCGGUUCCUGCCAGGUGGCGCCGGCGAAGCGGUGGACGUGACCGGCAAUCGGGAGAUCAAGAUGAUGCCGUUCGGCGUGGGCCGUAGGAUCUGCGCCGGGCUCGGCAUCGCCAUGCUCCACCUGGAGUACUUCGUGGCCAACAUGGUAAGGGAGUUCGAGUGGCAGGAGGUCCCCGGCGAGGAGGUGGACUUCGCUGAGAAGAACGAGUUCACCGUCGUCAUGAAGAAGCCGCUGCGCCCACGCCUUGUGCCCCGGAGCCAGUAGUCAAAUUCGGCCAGUAGUCCACUCUACCUAUCGUUUCGAUCGUUGUUGUUUAGUUUACUGCAUGUUGAUAAUGCUUAUUAAUUCGUUGAUGUAAGAUGGAAAAUUACUAGUGCCGCUUUCGAGAAAUCGAGGUGUUUAAAUUA